AUGGCUAGUGCGUGUACGUGGAAGAAGCAGACGAUCAUCUUUGCCCGGUACGACUUUCUGGAGGAGAGUCGCCGCUAUGCAGAGAAGCUGACGCAGUUUGUGCGGGAGAAUGCGGCAUCCUUCACCGAAAAAAAAGUGGAGACAGCUCGGGGUCUCUAUGCUCAAUUCCUGCGCACUCUGCUCCAGAAGUCAUUGAUCACGCCUGACGAUUACGAGGUCUACCAGCAAAUCUGUCCGCUAUUUGAUCCGGUCUAUGUCUUCUACGAUGAGAAGAAGGACUUCUAUGCCCAGCUGGUCGAGGUGCAGGAGGAGAUCCUUGGAGGCUGUUAA